CCUGCUUCUCUUCCUGGCUGCUCCAUCCCUCUCCGCAGGAACUAUCACUGGACUAUUCUGAAAGGGCGCAGCACCAAAAACACUUUAUAGGAAGCGGGUGAAUUUGCUUUUUCGGACCAACGCAUUCACCUUUUUUUUUCCCUCCGAGAAGUCCGGGGGAACUAUUCCCCCCCUCUGGCCGCCCCCUAUUUAUAAGAAACAAAACAAAAUAAAUAAAAAAAAACAACGGGGAUAUAUCGCGGUCCGAGCGCGCGCAGCUGAGCACCAAGAUGCAAGUCGGACGUAAAUCGUGUUGGAGGCAAUUGCAGGCUUCUUUUUUCAGACUGCUGUGUCUCAUCCCCACAGGAUUUCCCGUCCGGAGUGUGGAUAUGCAGCGGGCCACCGACAACAUCACGGUCCGCCAGGGCGACACGGCCAUCAUAAGGUGUUACGUUGAUGACAAAUCAUCGAAGGUUGCCUGGCUCAAUCGAUCCAACAUCAUCUAUGCAGGGGAGGACAAGUGGUCUCUGGACCCCAGAGUCGACCUGGUCACGAAAGGACAGCUGGAGUACAGCCUUCGCAUACAAAAGGUGGAUGUGUAUGAUGAAGGGUCGUACACCUGCUCAAUACAGACCAAACAGCAGUCCAAACCCUCACUGGUCUACCUCAUCGUACAAGUUCCCGCUGUCAUCUACAAAAUGUCGGAAGACAUGGUUGUGAAUGAGGGCAGUAAUGUCACGCUCAGCUGUUUGGCCAGUGGAAGGCCUGACCCCAUCAUCACCUGGCGGCUGCUGAACCCAUCAGCAGAGCCUUUGGACGGAGAGGAGUACCUGGACAUCAUAGGCAUCAUGCGGAAUCAAGCUGGUCGCUACGAGUGCAAAGCCAGCAACGAUGUCUUCAUACCUGACGUAAAAUAUGUCAACGUGGUCGUCAACUAUCCGCCAACCAUUAAGAAAACCCAGAGCUCCGAGGCUCAGCUCGGCCGGACGGGAACUCUGCAGUGUGACGCCACCGCUGUGCCCACUCCUGAGUUUGAAUGGUACAGAGACGAUAAAAGGCUGACCUCCUCCCAGGGUAUUAAUAUCCAGACUCUUGGCACCUCCACUCUCCUCAUGAUUCCCAGUGUCACCGAAGAGGACUAUGGAAAAUACACCUGCGUGGCCUCCAACCGCCUGGGCGUCCAGAAUGCCAGCCUUUUCCUUUACAGACCUGGGACGGGUCGAGAUAUCAACGGCUCCGCCUGCGUAUCUCAGUCCAUGUGGCUCUUGCUGGCCAGCUUCUUCGUCUGCCUUUUCUUCAAGUGUUAAUAGCCCUGUCCUCCUGUUCCUUUCACUCCACUGGCCUUCUUGCCUCCCUCCUUCCUCUCUGGUUCACCGACAUCCUUAUUGUGACCUUAGAACCGACUUUUCCACUCCUGGACUGUUUGCAUCAAGACAACGUUGUGUGCUUCCAAAGGCACUGCUUACAGAUCCCAUGAGAGUGUGUCAGACCUAACACAAAGAAACAGUGAUUUGAAGGACGUGACAGGCAAACAGAGCUCUUUUACACCGUUGUGUUGCUUUUUCAUUUGUACGCACUUAUUAUUUUGAGCUAUAUCUCGUCUUGGGGCUGCGUGUUUUUUCUUCAAUGAUUCUGAAAGUACAGGCUCUCGGCGCUGCUGGGACGCCAACAAUCAUUUGUCUGUAGAGGUACUGAAGCUUACUGAAGAGAUUCCUCCUUCUCCUGUAGUUAUGUUUGGUAUUGUUCAGUAACACUUUUUAGAUGACUAAUGAAGAAGUAUGAAUUAUUUGCCAAAUAACCAUAAAUUAUAUUAAACACGAUACUUUUAUUUGUGCUCUGAUUUUUCUUGAGGAUUUGAUGUUUACACUCAAAAGCUUUAUUUCUCACCUAGAGGACUGAGACAGACUUUAAAACACUUAAAAUGUUGCAUUCUGAUGAGUUAUUCUUCAACUUCACUGGUGUAUCGCGGACUGGCCAGGACUCUGAAUGUCACUGAAUAAGUGCGAUCAGUAUGGAGUUCAGUAUAUUUGAGGAUGUUGUCAUGACUCUAUAUAUAAUUUGUUUUCAACCACUGCAUCUAUUUGGUCUCAAAAUCAUGUUAAAAAAGUUAAUAUAUGUUCAAAUAUUCAGAGACACUGAUGAGACUAAAGUAAAAAACAGCAACCUGCGCUCAUACUUAGUUCACAUCCCAACACUGUAAGACAGUGAGGGAAAACAGAAAGAAGAAGCCAUGUGAAAAAUACUCCUGUAUUAUAAACAACAAUAGCCAUUGAAGUUAACUUAAGAUGUCUGGUCAAGUUUGACGCUACUUCAAAAACUAGUUUUAAACACUUCUAGAAAGUCCUGCUGCCGCUGAAAGUUUUUUAAGCUGUAUUUUUUGUAAAUUAUCUUUGAGUAAUUCAUCUCUCCUCAGUAUGGCGCCCUCAGAUGGACAUGAAAAAAAAAAACAAAUAAUGUUGAGAUCCUGAGAUAAAAUUGUCAUUGUAAUUGAGGUAUUAUUUACAGACAAGGUGUAAGAAAAAACGACAUGAAGUAAAAGAGCGGUUAGUAAGAGCCCUUCGAAUUACUGUAUUAUAUAAUAUAGUUGUGCAGUGGCCCUUGUGGACAGUUGACGCAACUAUCUGAAAAGGAUGCCGUCACAGUCUCCUCGCUCCUGGGUCCCUGUUAUAUGUGGCCUGUUUGUGUCAUAGAUGAAGGGUGUGAGUGAGGUUUUGUGUACUAUGUAAAACCAGUCUUUGGCAUUUGCCUGCUUUACCUCGUGACGCUCUGCGUCCUCACACAGUCAUUACAUUUCAUACGACCAAAAAUUUGACACAUUUUCUUAAGCAGUAAUGAGAUAAUACGUGUAAUAACCGUAGUGUUAAGCAACGGUCAACAUGCAAAUAGUACUGUCUGCACAAAGACCAAGUAAAGUUUUUAUAUCUCUUACGUUCGUCUUAUCUAGGUAGCGUAAAAAAAAAAUUUUUUUUUUAAACGUUUUAAGUAAACUUGAAAUUGAAGAUGUAAUUUCUAUGUGCAAUAACCAAGGAUUCAGAUUGCAAGUGGUCGCUGCAAAACUUUUCUCACAUUGUACACUGCAUAAAGUUCCCAUCUGUCAUGUUGAAAGUACUGUGUUCAUGUUUUAGUCCAUGCAAACCAAACCAUGAUUCAGAUUCAUACACCUUUGAAGACUGAAGCUCUGGUAUAAGUUGGUUUCACCGCCUGAAACAAGGCAAGACACUUCUCCAGCCACGUGGGUUUCCUGUCCAGUCCAAGGUACAUCAGUGUUGCUAUUCACAUUUCACGUCCACUUCAGAAAAAUAAGGCUUUUGUUUGCAACGUUUCACUUUUAUCCAUGAAAAACAGGGCCACCUGUAAAGCUAUAUUAUAUUUAUAAUUGUGUUUACAUGGAAAUUUAAAGGGAUUAUUUUGCAGCCAACUAGAAAUUGGCAGCUUGAUACAAAUGUCUGUUCAUGUCCAGUACAGUGCUUUGAGACUCCGAUCCUGGACAGCGGUGUGGUCCGUACUGUAGACAGUGUUUACCGGCAAGUGAAGUAGAAUUAAAAAAAAAAAAAGUGAAUUUUCUCUCCCUGACAUCCUGUGGCUUUACACCCCCUCCCUCACCCCCUUGUUCAAUUUUUAGACUCCAGAGGUUUAAUGAUGCGUUCUGUACAUAGUACCAACUGUAAAGUGACUGAUGACCACGUCAUCUCUCUCCGCUCCAGAUACUGUGCCACACUCAGCAUUUGAUUUCCACUGGAAUCUGGAUAAAAAAGAAAAAUGUAUGACACCAAUGAAUGACUUAUUGUAUAUUCAUUUCUUUCUCUAUUUCAAAGACGUGUGUGUGCGUGUGUUUUAAUAUGAAACAGAAGAGACAUGAUAUAUUGAGCAUAUUUUUCUGUCUUUACCUCAUUCAUUUUAGUUGCGUGUAAAUAUACUUGAAUUUAAAAGUAAUGGAGGUUUCAUGUAUCCAUGUUUUUAAAUAAGCUAGGAAUGUGUUGAUGAUCCUGCUCAUUUCAAUUGACGGCGCGAACCUCUCCCCGAUAAAAAAAAAAAAAAAAAAAGGUAUUUGGGAUUGAAGACGAAGGGUUAAAGGAAAAAGCAAACUUAAUAAAUGUUGACCUUUAAAAGACCAAAUUCAAAGAGGUGUUUUUCUGCAAUUACUCAGCAACCAUUAAAGACCUGUUCCGUGUUUUGUUUUUGUUUAGUUAUUUAGUAACAAGAGCGGCGUUGUUGUGCUGUCUUGACAACGUUGACCGCAGUUUGUGACUCAUUUCUGUCAAAUCUUCUGCUCUUUCUUUUGAAUGGCAACACCGAACACAGCUGGCCGGGGACUGUGGCGCACUUGUCUUUUUACUUGGCGCAGUAGAUUUGUCCAUUAAACGCCUCUACCAGCUUGUCUGUCUCACGUCGUGUCACCCAACAAACCUCAGGGCAGAGCCAAGCUGGCCUCGGACGGCGAUUGGAGUCACUCAAAAAAGGCGCGUUAUGAUAUUUGUAAGACCUCGAGGGCGAGAUUAAGCCUCUCCAGACCUGCUCGAGAUGUCGGAUCGUGAACGAAAUGCAGCUUAACAAAACAACUAAAAAGCCAUUGUGAUCUGUUUUAUCCAUCAAGUGGUAAUAAGAGGAUGCUGUCCUUCUGCCAUGCUUCUGUAGAGACCAGCAGCCAGCCUUAGGUCACAGAAAAACUAGACAGACGCUGCAGUCUCGAAACAGCCGAAUGGUUCACCAUAGCUUGACUGUGUAAAACUGGCUUAAAGUACUGUAUGUGUGCACGUCUGUUUGCAUCUUCUUCUGUUUCUGCUUCUUAACCUUUAGAACAUGAUGCUGAGUUGGCCGUUGUUCUACGUCCCGUGGUUACCAUGGUAACCAGUGACACAUUCUGAUUGAUUUUUUUCCCCCUCCUGUGUGUAUAUAUAUAUUUACAGUAUGGUGUUUCUACAUUAAAAUAUUGUAAAUUCAGCCAAAUCCUUAAAACUCGUGUUUCUACAACACAAAUCUUUUACCUACCUGCCAUGAGGAAAUUAAGAUGCAGCCAAGCGACACCAAUGUUUUAUUCCCGUUUUUCUUCAUCAUAUGGCAUCAGGUAACUGCAGUCUGUUUCUAGAAAAAAAAAAGGUGUGUGAUAAAGGAAUAUGAGAAAAUGUUCACAUGACAAAAUAAAAGCUGUUUGAAGUCAAUGUUCUGUAUUUGAAAGUGCGACGUGGUAAUCUCUUUUUAUUCCGGGGCAGUUUAAAAACACACGGACUUGUGUUUCUCAACAUGUAAGAAGUAAAAUAAAAUAAUAUAUGUAUUGUUACAAUCUCUUGAGAAUAUAUUUUCAUGUGAAUGGUGG